GAAAUAUUGUUCGGUAAGCUUCGAAUUUGGUCGCAACUUUCGCGAUGAUCAAACACAUUUGAGCGCGUCUCCAAGUUACUUCUUCAGGUACAAUCAUCUAAGAGAUGAGUGCGAGACUCUGCUCUCCAUCAUUCUUCCUGCGCCUUUGUUAAAUUACCAACUGACCGAAGUGGAAAUUGUGAGAACUCCGGUAGAAGAUUAUAAAUGCGACUAUCCAGUCGUCAUUGCAUGACAUUGUCAUAAACUCUCAAGACGUCAUCUAGUCCGCUAAAUUUGCAUAGUUGACACUGGAACGAGAUUUUGGGAUCCAGAGACACACACACAAUGUGAUUUUUCACUCCAAUUUUCCAAAAGACUCAUCAAUACUGUCAAAUCUGACGCGAUGACUACUUUCUGUCGAACAAUUCCUUUUUCAUCUUUCUCUAAUUCCCGUCUGCGCCCUUUGGAACCUUUACCACUCUACUUCGCCAUUCCGUCACGGACAUAUAUCCCCAUUUGGCGACACAGCCAUUCUUUCAAAGCUCACGGUUUCUCAACAACAAGAUAUUGUCUGUCGACGAGCAGGCCCAAGUCCCGCCGUACGUCCACUGAAGAUCUGUUCAACUACACCUCCGGGCGCUUCCUCUACAACGAGAACAUCCGUCUUGCCGAACGACAUGUCGAGUUCAACGUCGAAGCUCUCAAGACCGCUGCCGCAGAAUGCGUUGGUCGGAAAGGGGUCACGCAUCUUGAAAAACUCGCCGAAGGCGGCUUCAGUCGUGUCUUCCUUCUUACCAUGGAUGACGGUUUCGAAGUGAUUGCCAAGAUCCCAUAUUCAUUCACAGUCCCGAAAGGCUUAACCACUGAAAGUGAAGUUGCUACUCUAGACUUUUUGCGUUCCAAGGGCAUCCCCGUUCCUCGAGUCUACGCGUAUUCUUCGAAAAGCGAUAAUCCAGUCGGAACAGAGUAUAUUAUCAUGGAAAAGGCCCCCGGAAAACCGCUGGAAGAGUGUUGGUUCACUCUCACGCCUAAAGACAGAGUCCGUUUGGUAACAAGCUAUGUUGAUAUCGAGACGAAACUCUUUUCUAUCCCGUUUGGAGCGUAUGGCAGCUUGUACUACAAAGAUUGUCUACCGCAGAACCUUCAACCAGGUUUAUAUGCUCCUGGAAUGGGAGAUGGUGUUGAUGGAACCGGGGAAAGAUUCUCUAUUGGGCCUUCUACAGAUUACAUGUUCUGGCGAGGAAACCGUGCCUCUCUAGAUUUGCAUCGCGGGCCGUGGAGAAAUCAGCUCGAUUAUAUUCGUUCGAUCGGGAUACGCGAAUUGGAAUGGACGCGCAGAUUCGGAAAGCCGCUCGAGAACGACUUUCCUCAAAAUAAUAUAGUCAAAGGAAAGGUUGAUCCUAAAUUGCACUUGGAUCUUUUGGACAAAUAUAUUUCCAUAUCACCAUUCAUCCUGCCCGAAGAUCGCGCAAGUCCGAUGAACACUCCGACAAUGCGUCAUCCUGCAGACCUAACUCCAUCCAACAUAUUCGUCUCGGAUUCAUGUGAAAUUUCAUGCAUCAUCGACUGGCAACACACGACAAUCCUUCCGCUCCUCCUCACCGCCGGUAAUCCACCGCUCUUUGAGAAUCCCGAUUCUGGACCGCCAAAGAACCUAGAGAAGCCGUCUCUGCCUGAAGACUAUGCAUCUCUGCCUCCCGAGGAAAAGGCUUAUGCCGACGAACUGCAUCGCCGGAGAAUGCUAUUCUAUUUGUACAUGGUCUUUAACGGAAGAGAUAACCAGUCCCAUCUCGAUGCGCUGUAUUAUCCACUUUUGGCGCUUCGUCAACACUUGGUUACCAGAGCAGAAAAGCCAUGGAGCGGCAAUAUCGUUACGCUAAAGGGCGCACUUAUCAGACUUGUCGCAUGCUGGGAUCAGUUGAUAGCGGACAGAGGUCAACACAUGUCCUGUCCUGUCCACUUUGACCCCAGCGACGUCGAAGAAUUCUACCAGCUCGAAGAAAACUGGUUCAAGAUGAAUAUUCUGACGGAACACUGGCUGUCCCUCCUAGAUGAUUUGGGUCAAGACGGAUGGGUCAGAAACGAAUCCUACGACUCAGUCGUCCAGCUCAAUCAGCAGCUUAGAAGAGAGUGGGUCGCGGAAGCGGAAGCGGAAGCGGAUAACGAAGCGGAAGCCAAAGAAGAUGUGGCGUCCGUGGAAAAUCACUGGCCGUUUCAAGACCACGAGGAAUUCGAU